AUGCUACAUAGAAAUCAUGGCAAUGAUAACAUAUAUGCACGUAGUUUGAAAAGAUCUGUUUCGCCUGAUCAUUCGUUAAUGGAUUUACAGAAAACUAAAGUCGCUAAAAUAGAGUUACAAAAAAAUGGUGGUAAUAAAGAAAAUCUCAUUAAACGAACACAAUCUGAAAUGGUAUUGGCUAAAGAUUCUUCAUUGACAAUUGUGAAUAAAUCGGAUUCUGAUGAUAUUCCAUGUUAUCAAUCUCAUCCAUUAUGGUCAAAUAUGAUGACAAAAACAUUUGAUAAAACAUAUAAUUAUUAUUUAAAUGUUCUUGACUCUCAUCCAUCUAUUACCACUAAAAUGCGAAGUGUUUUAUUUGAUUGGUUAAUUGAAGUUAGUGAAGUUUAUCAGCUUCAUCGUGAAACUUAUCAUUUAUCUAUUGCUUAUGUUGAUCAAUAUUUAUGUAAUACCAGUAGUUUGCUAAAAAAUAAGUUUCAAUUACUUGGUAUAACAUCGCUGUUUGUUGCAGCAAAAAUUGAAGAAAUUUAUCCACCAAGAUUAUCUGAUUUUGCUUAUGUUACUGAUAAUACGUGUUCAGAAGAAGAUAUUUUGGAUAUGGAAAUAGAUUUAAUGAAUACAUUAAAUUGGUAUAUUAAUCCAAUAACAUCUAUAAGUUGGCUAUUAAUUUAUCUUCAAGUCGACUAUGAAAUGAAUUACGUAUUAAAUAAGAAUCAUUCAUCAAAAAAAAAACGACGAUUAUCAUUUUCAAACAGUGAAAUUCUUCGAAGUUCUAAAUUAACUAAUGCUCAUCGAUCAAAAGACUUUCUUCAAAUAUUUCUUUUAGCUGUUCGAUUGCUUGAUUUAUGCUCACUUGAUAUUGAAUGUAGUCAAUAUUCCAAACAUGUACUAGCAGCAUCAUCUAUUCUUUUAUAUAAAUCACAUUGGCCAAUUCAAGAAAUAAUAGGUCUAAACAAUAAUGAAAUUUCCAAGUGCCAACAAUGGAUGAAACCUUUUCAUGAAGUUCUUUCAGGAUCAUUAUCAUAUCAAUCUGUUCGUUCAUCAUCAUCGGUACCCGAUAGUGAAACAUAUUCUAUUCAGAUACAUAACAUUUCAAUGGAUUUACUCGCCAAUGUUUAUGAAAAACGUGCAAAAUUUGUAUCGUCAUUAAUGAAUAAUCGACCUUUUCGCGAUCUUGUGAAUCAUCUUUCUUCGUCAUCAAUAAUAUUAGGAUCACAAAAAACUGAAGACGAACAACAGCAAAUGAAUGAUGUAACUGUUAUUGUAUAA